UUCUUUGAGAGGUAGUUGCUGUAUUUACCGUAACCAUUGAAUUUCUUCAAUACUCUAAUUUCCUUUUUCUCCCCAUUGCACUUGGUGUCAUGCAAGAAUCUACUCUUACUGAUUAAAGAUACUGGAAGAGUGCCGAUCAGAGAAUUGGGAGUGUGAAAUUUGCAUCACUACCCUGAACAGUAUAACCUUAGCAUAAGCUACUCAUACAGACGAAGUCAUUACCCAUCACUUUAAGUAGUUGCUUUUACUUCAACUAGACCAUUGUGGACAACUAGAAAAGCUCCUGUGACAAAAUUCAAGAUUUCUGACAUAAAUGAGUAACAACUCGACAUGCAUUCGACCAUCUAUGAUUUCUACCACAGUUUUGCCAAUAACUUACAUUUUUCUGUGUAUUAUUGGUCUCUUUGGAAACUCACUUGCUCAGUGGGUAUUUUUAACAAAAAUAGGUAAGAAAACAUCAACACAUAUCUACUUGGCAAAUCUUGUGACGGCAAACUUACUUGUGUGCACUGCCAUGCCUUUCAUGGGUACAUAUUUCUUGAAGGGUUUCUAUUGGAAAUAUGAAUCUGUCCAAUGCAGACUGGUCAAUUUUUUGGGAACUCUAUCCAUGCAUGUAAGUAUGUUUGUCAGCCUCUUAAUUUUAAGCUGGAUUGCCAUAAGCCGUUAUGCUACCUUAAUGAAAAAGGAAUCCCUGCAAGACACCACCUCAUGCUAUGAGAGAAUGGUUUAUGGUCACUUGUUAAAAAGAUUUCGCCAGCCCAACUUUGCCAGAAAAAUGUGUAUUUACAUAUGGGGAGUUGUGCUGGUUGUAAUUAUUCCACUUGUCCUAUACUACUCAGUGGUAGAGGCUACAGAAGAAGGAGAGAGCCAGUGCUACAAUCGGCAGAUGGAAAUGGGAGCCAGCACCUCUCAGAUUGCGGGCCUUAUUGGAACCACAUUUAUUGGACUCUCGUUUUUAGUAGUAGUAACGUCAUACUAUUCUUUCGUCAGCCAUCUGAGACGAAUAAGAACUUCCAUUUUGGAGAAAGAUCUGACUUACAGAUCUGUGAAAAGGCACCUUUGGAUCAUCCAACUGCUCUUGGUAGUUUGCUUUCUUCCAUACAGUAUUUUUAAACCCAUUUUCUAUGUUCUGUACCAGAGAGGAGGAGACUGUGAGCAGCUAAAUUAUUUAAUAGAAGCAAAAAAUGUCCUCACUUGUCUUGCAUCAGCCAGAAGUAGUACAGACCCCAUUAUAUUUCUUUUAUUAGAUAAAACAUUCAAGAAGACACUAUAUGAUCUCUUUACAAAAUCUUAAUUCACUGCAUAUACUACCAUUUGGUUGACUUUUGGAUGGAAAACAUUCAUGUGACUCUUUAGUGACAUUAAAUGGUGGACAUGUCACAGCUUGGUUAACAACAGGCAUCAAGAAAACCUCUUUGGUUUUAAAAACAAAUAUAUGCAUAAAAUUGGACAUAUAGUUCUACUUAUACUGAAAGUCAAGAUGGCAGAGACUCUCAGAAACACGUCAAGCAUAUGAGAAGGAUUCCACUGGGUAUGAAAUCAAACAUUGCUCUGUUUUCAAUCAGUUGUGGAUCUUCUUGUUCAAGGCACAAUAUUUUAUGACUGUAGGAUGAAGAAGCAAAAGGCUUAUGGGUUUGCCCAUAUUCUAACCUAACACAAGUACCCAUCUAUGGUCAGAUUUGAUUUUGUUGGUAACUUAAAAAAUAUCAGCUGGGCAU